CUCCAAAGAGAGCGAGAUUCAUCCAAAAUCAUCGUCUCGUUGGCGACGUAUUUCAUAGGCAGCUCACUUCAUACCAAAAGGCACCAGUACUCCAUACGCAUCUUCCAUCGCAUUUGCCACACUGAGAAUUUGUCUGGGUAACUGGCUGCGAAAACCAACAAAGGCAACUUGAGUUUGCAGCGAUCAUGUCACAGGCAGCCGACGCCCCCAAGGCCGAGCCCGUGGGCAAUGGCGAUGCAGCAGUUUCCACCCCCACUCCAGCGGCGGCAGCUUCAACGUCAGCAUCGUUGACGAAAGAACAGGCCAAGGCGGAGACGCUGCGGCAGGUGGAAUUCUACAUGUCGGAUGCGAACCUCCCAUUUGAUAAAUUCCUCUUUACCCUUACGCGCAAGGAAGGUGGAUGGGUUCCAAUCGCGACAGUGGCUUCAUUCAAGCGCAUGAAGCCUAUGAGGGAAGUCUUGACCACCGAAGAGAUGAUCGAAGCCAUCAAACUCUCUAAAUCUCUUCUCGAGGUGGACCCCACCAACACCAAGUUUCGCAGAAAGACCGACCUCAAGCCACGACCGGACGCAUUUCACCGCAGCGUCUACGUAAAGGGAUUCCCAGAGGAGACUGAGACGACGCAGCAUGAUAUUGAGAAGUGGUUCGCACAAUUCGGAAAGAUUAACAGCGUUCGCUUGCGUCGCGAGGACCCUCGUUCCACAGCAAACCCUCGGCGCUUUAAAGGCUCAGUCUUCGCGGAAUUCGAGAACCCGGAGGAGAUGACAAAGUUCCUAAAGCUUGAACCAAAGCCUAGCUAUGGGGACAAUGCGGAAAUGCUGAUCAUGACUAAAGAUGCAUACUGCACGAUGAAGAUGAAGGAGAAGGGAAUCGACCCGGCUACAGCCAAGGUGAACACGAGCAAGGGUGCUGGCGGCGGCAGCGGCGGAAAGUUCAAUGCCUUCCGGGAGCUUGAGCGCGAAGCAAAAGGAUUGCCUGCGUUCGAAAACGGUUGCAGCAAGCGGAAACGCGACAGGGACGAUGGCGACGCAGACAAGUCGAAGAAGCCCUCGCGCUCAGACCCGCUUGAAUUUGAGUUUCUGGGUAGCAAAUUGGUCACGCAGCCCGAUGGCACUGUCGACCCGGCCGCUCUUCUCUUUCCGAAAGAUUCUGUCCUUGCCUUUGAGGGCGCGGGCCAGGGCGGCAACUGGAGAGAUCUCAAGGAGACCCUGCUCACCGUUCUGCCUACUUCCUUUGUGGAGUUCCCAUUCGGUGCUGUUGGCGGGUCCGUCGGGUUCAAGGAAACCGUCAUCGAAGAAGUGCUGAACCAGAUCAAUGGAAUGGACAUCAAGGUCGGCGGACAGUCGAUCACCUGGAGCCGCGUGGGUGAGGAGAAGGCUAAGAGCCUGUACGUCGAGCGCGCCAACUUCCGCGCCAAGAAUCUCCUCGAUCAGCGUGAACAAGAGUCCAGCAGAGGUGGCAGUGGUGGUCGUGGGCGUGGGGGGGGACGUGGUGGCCGUGGUGGUCGUGGUGGUCGUGGCGGUCGUGGUGGCGGCAGGGGCGGGCGCGGCGGAGGGGGAAGGCACUUUAACAAGCGCAAGGCCGAGGGUGAUGAUGCGCAGGAUACAUCCUCUGGCGCCGCUCCCGCUGUCGAAUCUACGCACAAGAGGGCGAAACAAGACAAUGGGACAGACGCAUGA